AUGUCAUACCCUGGAUACUCGCCUACGCCCCCACCUCCCGGUUCGGUACCACAGACGCCCACAGCGUAUCCAUAUGGCGCAUACCAUCCCUCAGCAUACGGACAUCCCACCACCCCAGGCGCCUACACAUAUCCUCCAGGCGCAUACCAGACGGGCGUCACCAGCUACGGGUGGUCCUACCCCUACAGCUAUGUAACCCACCCCACCCAGCAGGCAGCCAUCGCCGCAGCAGCCAUCGUCCAGCAACAUCAACAGCACCAGCAACAUCUCCUGCAAACCCAACAACAACAACAACAGCAGCAGCAGCAGCAGCAUCAGGCACAGGCGCAGACGCAGGUUGUUCAACCGCAGCCCCAGCUCCAGCAGCCGCAGAUCGUGAGGCCGGCGCCAGCGCCUACUACGCAUGUGCCGUAUUCGGCGCCGACGCCUCUAGCGCGCUCUACGACGUUUUCUGCGUAUACACCUAGUUAUACGAGGGAGGCCGCGUCGUCAUUUAGCACUGGUGGAAGAGGCGGGAGGAGACAGUCCAAUUUGAAAGGACUCUUUACGAAAGAACUCAAGAACCUGAUGUAUGGCUUUGGAGACGACCGAAACCCUGCCAUGGACACUGUGAACGUGAUGGAAGAAAUCCUCAUCGAAUACAUCACAGACAUCUGCCAGCAAGCCACGGGCCCCUCCAAAAAAUCCCGUCUUUCCAUCGACGACCUCCGCCGCGCGUUGUCUCGCCCAGCCGACGCCAAAAAGCUCGCUAGAAUGGAAGAGCUGCUCUUCAUGCAAGAAGACAUCAAGCGGGCAAGAGCACAGUUCGACGACGACAUUCAAAAUCCCAAAGCCAUUUAA